GACUAGUCUCCCACUAGUCUCUUCCACCUUUUUCUGGGUGACGGCAGUGAGCGGCCAUAUUUUACGACCCAAGCAACAACUGAACCACAACAAAUAUGUCAAUGUUCUCGUCCCUACUACCCAAGGCCUGGUGCCAGCAAGCAGAAGAAACCCCAAUCACUCCAAAAGUAGAACAACUGGGUCUGGUUCAGUCCUUGGUCGCUCCAAGAAAAAUCGCCGCCGCCGCCAUAGCCGAAGGUGACAGCUGCGAAUUUGCUUCAUUACACUAUUUCGCUCUUUGCGGUCUAGGAGGUAUUUUGUCUUGUGGUAUCACUCACACAGCGGUAGUACCCCUGGAUCUUGUCAAAUGCCGUAUCCAAGUAGACCCUGCCAAAUAUAAAUCUGUAUUCAAUGGCUUUAGAGUAACUUUACAAGAAGAUGGAGCUAGAGGAUUGGCCAAGGGUUGGGCACCAACCUUCUUUGGGUACUCCGCACAAGGUUUGUGCAAGUUUGGUCUCUAUGAAGUUUUCAAAGUAAUUUAUGGUGACAUGAUUGGUGAAGAAAACUCUUUCUUGUACCGUACCUGGUUGUACCUAGGAGCAUCAGCUUCAGCUGAAUUCUUCGCCGAUAUCGCCUUGUCUCCCAUGGAGGCUGCAAAAGUCAAAAUUCAAACCACUCCCGGUUUCGCCAACACUUUGAGAGAGGCCUGGCCCAAAAUCUACGCCGAAGAAGGUGUCAACGGUUUCUACAAAUCUCUAGUUCCCCUAUGGAUGAGACAAAUCCCUUACACUAUGAUGAAGUUUGCCUGCUUUGAACGUACAGUUGAAUUGUUGUACAAAUAUGUUGUACCCAAACCUAGGGCUGAUUGUACUAAACCUGAACAGUUGGUAGUCACAUUUGCUGCUGGUUACAUUGCCGGUAUAUUCUGUGCUAUUGUUUCGCAUCCUGCUGAUACUGUUGUCAGUAAAUUGAAUCAAGAAAAGGGUACAACUGCAUUGGGUGCAGCUAAAAAACUAGGUAUGGCCGGUUUAUGGAAAGGUCUCAUGCCGAGAAUAGUGAUGAUCGGUACUCUCACCGCUCUCCAAUGGUUCAUCUACGACGCUUUCAAGGUAGCCAUGCGCAUGCCCAGACCGCCACCACCAGAAAUGCCCGAAUCGCUCAAGAAGAAGUUAGCAGCCGAAGGCAAAACAGCUUAAGUUGGCGAUAAUUUAAUUCUAGUUAAACAAUUAUUUAACUUAUUGAUUUACACAAGAAGCUAAACUAUUCCAUUCUUUUAAGCGUGGAUUGGGUAUUUUAAUUUAUGCCUUAAAAUCGAGCAGUAUUUUAAGUUAUUAAUUACCAAGUAGAUGAAACAAAAAAACCAUGUGAAGAGAUACUCAAAAGGAUUUUAUUUUUAAAUUGUUGUCUUUUUUUUUCUGUUUUUAGAUUGUACAUAGGAACAAAUAAUAUAUUAGGCGGAUCUAAUCCAUCCUGAAAAUU